ACAGAGAAUAAGCAUCCAAUUUAUUAAAUAAAGGAUUUUUAUCAGCAGGGAAUAAAGAUUUCAUCAUCACUUCCUUUUGGCUCGAACCUGGUGAUCUGAGUUUAUCAAAUUUUGGAAGCUCAUUUUAGGUUAAAGGUCACAGUGAUUACAAAAGGCUAAACAAGCAAGACAGCAGACAGAAAGCACUGGCCUGAGGACAUCAGAUUCAGAGGUGAAAGGUCAGACAAACCAGCUGGAUUACUGGUACAGACUGGCAGCUGUUUCCUGAGGGACCUGCAGCAACAGAGACAACAGAGACUCACAUCAAGCAGCCAGACAGACUGAGACGCCAUCAUGGGCUGCAACAUGUGUGUGGUCAAACGCCCAGAGGAGCAGUACAGGAUCAUGUUCCAGCAGAAAGGCUGGAGUAACUCCCUGCGGCCGAUGGACAGGCACGGGAACAUAAAGCUCAAAGGAAGAAGACCCUCUCAGCUCCCAUUAGACAGAUCACAGAACUCCCAGGAGCCUUUGCACCAGCCUGGGUUGGUUCGCAGGAGUCACAGGAGGAAAGGUACGCUGGUGUGCAGUAACGGGACAGUCAGCUCCUCUGUCUCUUCCAUCGCCAUGGUAGCGAUCCCCGACUGUGUUGACAACGCAACCCAGACUGACAUCAGUUUCCAGAGCACUGUACCCCUGGGGAGAAGCAGGGGUCACCAUCACCACCACCAUGGUCGGGGAGGCUCCUCCUCUCCCCCUCCCCCUCCUCCAUCGCCUCCCCUCCCAUACGAGCCAUACGAGAUCAAUGAGUUCUGUGUGUUUGAGUACAAUGACCCCAAUGACUACUUUGAUGUGUCAAACCAUGAGGUGGACAGGCAGGACGACCUGGAGUAUGAGGAGGUGGAGCUGUACAAGUCCAGCCAGCAGGAGAAGCUGGGUCUGACAGUCUGCUACAGGACGGACGACGAAGAGGAUCUCGGGAUUUAUGUCGGGGAGGUUAAUCCGAACAGCAUCGCAGCCAAAAAUGGACGCAUCAGAGAGGGUGACCGAAUACUGCAGAUUAACGGAGUGGACAUUCAGAACAGAGAGGAAGCUGUGGCCAUUUUGAGCAGAGAGGACAGCAUCAACUUUUCCCUGCUGCUGGCCAGGCCCGACACAGAGAAUGAAAACCCCAUCGAUCCAGAGGAGGAGAUGGAGCUGACUCUGGAAGGAGGAGAUUUUCCCACAAACCCCCGCACUUCAUGCUCUCUCAACUCCUCUAAUAUGUCUGGCUACUACCGCCUCCACCAUGGAGGAGAAGGCAGUUCAUCCUGUCCUGUAGGAGGAGUAGGGGGAGGCAGAGAAGGUGAGGUGGAAGAUGAAGAGGAUGAAGAAGGAGAGGACGGUGAGAGAGGGGAGAAGGAUGACAAAGAGCCACCUGUCCCCCUCCCUCCUCAGCUGAACUUGGCACCUCUGCUGUCAAACAGCCAGGAGCUGGACAGCGGGGUGGGCCGGACAGAUGACAGCACUCGCUAUGAAGAUACAUCUGAACAUGACCUGCUGGGUGAUCAGACCAGUGCCUGCAACACCAACACAACCAACACACCAGGCAGCACCAGGAAGUUCAGACCUGGACCCAGCCCCAGGCCGAGUCCUAGACCCAGCCCUGGCCUUGGCCCCAGCCCCAGACCGAGCCCCAGCCCUGGGCAUGGUCGAGGAGACACCACCCCUCCUUUCCUCCACCACCGUGACCUCCAGCUAAGCUGUGACUCCCUCCCAGGUAUGGAUUGGGCAGCUGGAGGAGGAACAGCAGGAGCAGCAUACAGCCCCCACCACCAUCAUCACCACAAGCAUUACCACCACCAUCACCACCCUCUGACAAUGACCAUGAUGAUGCCGGGGCUCACAGAGGAAGAGUGCCAGCGUUACCAGGAGCUGUUAGAGAUCAAACAUCAAUAUGAGAGACACAAUGAAAGACGGCGGAGAGAGCUGGAGAAGAACGAACAAGGAGGCACUGAAGCAGAAGUUAAAGACCACGAGAACGGAGAGGCAGAGGAGGAAGCUGACGGCGGUCGUCACAUCCUCCAUGCUUUCUAUGGUGGCCAGGUCUGUGUAUUUCUCUCUGCAGUAGCUCAGAGCUUCAGUCCAGUUCUUCAGCUCAUAAACAACCUGGUAGCGACCGUUAACACCUGA